AUACUUUACAACUACUUCCUAUGAUCAUGUCCUCCUUUUUCGCCGUCUCACUGGUAUAAUUUCUUGUCCACCACCUAUUGUCAGGGUCUUCCGCAACUUCUUCGCCAUACGACUUUCGCUCCCUUUACCUUUCAAUCUAUCUGCGCGUUGUUAUCCGCGGCCAUCAUGUCGAACCUACCUUCUCACGCCUCCCCAACCUUCGUGGCGCAAGAUGCGCCUUCCCACCCUGUGGAAGAACUCUCCAUUAGCACAGAUCAAGCAGCAAUUCUGCCCUCAGAUAGCAGAGUAGACGAGCUUCGUGACAAUGCUAUCGCCCAGUCCGACAGCGCAGAUAGCGAUCGGGGUGAUGUAACCCCCGCCGUGCCUGCCUCACUCCUCUCCCCUUCCUUUACCCCUCCAGCUACCCCCGGUGGUACAUUCAAUCCAGCGAAAUUGCUUCAACAGACUCAACAGUUAUCACACACUAAAGCUCCGAAACUUCUUCCUUGCCUUCCCGAAGUCGAAUGCAUCGUUCGCGCACGGAUUCCCACCACCACCGGCGCGGAGAUGUUUCUCCAUCUCUAUCACAACAACUUGGACAACAAAGAGCACUUGGCAAUUGUGUUUGGAAACACUAUUCGAAGUCGGAGCCUGGACAAGGUUCGGCCAGGGGAAACGGAAAUGGACCGUAUGAUACGUGGAGCUUAUGUGGGCACAUUGCAUCCCGGUCGUGUGAGCAGUUGGUAUGAUGAUGGAAACGCUGAGGGUGCAGCUGGUGGGCAAGGCAGCAAUGCAGCUGCUGACGGUGGACCUGUAUCAUCAGGAAGGUCAACUGCGACAGAGGGUUCACCUAGUCAAGCGCCACUGGUGAGGAUACACUCCGAAUGCUAUACCGGGGAGACCGCCUGGUCUGCGCGCUGUGAUUGUGGUGAACAACUAGACGAAGCAGCCAGGCUGAUGUCCUUCCCCAUGGAGACUCUGAGUGAAAUGGCUUCCCAGCAAGCUGUUCCGGUGCCUUCCAAUGCCUCUGGCGGUGUGAUUGUUUACCUGCGGCAAGAGGGUCGCGGAAUAGGACUGGGGGAGAAGCUCAAGGCCUACAACUUGCAGGAUCUUGGCUCCGACACUGUAGAGGCUAACCUUCUCUUGCGACACCCUGCUGACGCGAGAAGCUACGGUCUGGCUACCGCGAUCCUAGUCGACCUUGGGUUGGGUGUGGAUGCCAAUCCUCACGGCAUCCGACUUCUUACGAAUAACCCGGACAAGGUUCGCGCCAUUGAGGGUGCAAAUCGUGAGGUGGCGGUUAAGGAGCGUGUGCCAAUGAUACCUUUGGCAUGGAGGUCGGGGGGAAAGCAGGGCAUCAAAAGUCUAGAAGUAGAGGGCUAUCUCAGGACAAAGAUCGCGAAAAUGGGACACAUGAUUGAAUAAACUCGCUAGAGUCAUUUCACGUAUUUUCUUUUUCUUUUCUUUUCUUUUCUUUUCUUUCUUUCUUUCUUUUCUUUUCUUUUUUUCUUUUUUUUGCUUUUCUUUUUGGUUGCAUUCCCUCACUUGUCUGUUUCACCCACUAUAUAGCCGUUUGUCGAAUGGGUGUAUUAUAUGAGGCCUCGGGUUGGGUCUCGGUAAUGCUGUACAGUUAUGAACUGAUUUUAUGAUCCAAGAGUUUAUCAUUGUCCCUCGGUACACCUGUACCUCUGUUAUUUGUUUCCAUUUCUAUUUUGGACGGAGUGAUAUCUGUCUGCGUUCUUUUUGUUUUACCAAUCUGGUGCAACUGGUCUGGUUAGGCAUCACCAGGAUUGUGGAUACCGGAACAAGCUUUGACUUUUGAUACCAUCUGAAUGACGCCCAAAGUGAAAGGAUAAACCAAUUGAGAAUGAGCUGUC